UGCGCGUGGGGGCGCGCUGAGCCAUGCAGAUGUGUCGCAGAUUUUAAAAGUCACUGUUCGCACAGAAAGAUCUAGUACGAGGAAAUGGGACGUUGAAAAGCUUUCAAACUGAAGCCAAAUCAAAAAACUGCGAAGAAAACAGUAGGAGAGAAGGAGUGGGACACCACUGAUUCGUCUCGUUUGCACUCAUUUUGACGAGCUAAAGCGCACUUCUAAAUAGCUACAUUACACAGCUCUGGUGUUAUUUAUUCAAAUAAAUUACAAUCGCAAAUAAUCCCAUGGAACUGUCAGCUAUCGGAGAACAAGUGUUUGCUGUGGAAUCGAUCAUAAAGAAAAGAGUGAGGAAGGGGAAUGUGGAAUAUUUACUGAAGUGGAAGGGGUGGCCCCCAAAGUAUAGCACUUGGGAACCUGAGGAGCAUAUCCUGGAUCCCCGGCUUGUUCUAGCAUAUGAGGAGAAAGAGCACAAGGACAGAGCAGUGGGCUGGCGUAAGAGAGGACCUAAGCCUAAAAGACUUCUUGUGCAGGGCAUUUACUCAAUGGAUCUCCGCAGUGCACACAAAGCUGCAGAGAAGUCUCCAGGACAUCUGCACCUGUCCCUUACACACCCCCUCAAUCCACAGGCUGGACAUACAGCGCAGAAAUUCUGCUCCAAAGAAAGUGAUGUAUAUCGUCAACUAGUUCAUCACAAGAGAAAGAAGAGAAACCUCAAAGGUUAUUCAGUUGAGGACUGGGAGGAGUUGGAGAAGGAUGACAACUAUGAAGAGGAGGUUAUAAGACAGGAAGAGACAGAGACUGGCAGGGCCACUCUAAACAGUAAUGUGGAGACAGAGCGUUGGAGUCCAAUAACUGGAUCAGAGGAAAUGACAGUGUCUCCAGUGUGUGAGGAAUGGAGGCCGGUUAUGGGUUUGGAGGAGGUAACUGUGACAGAUGUCACCAUCAAUUCACUGACAGUUACUUUUAGAGAGGCUUUGGUUGCAAAAGGCUUCUUUAGAAGCUGGGAACUGGAGCUGUAAUACUGUACAGGAAUAUGAUAAAGUAUGAAGAUGUCACGUGACACAGAAGGAGGGAGAAGUGAAAUGUGAGACUUUCAUCAAAAGCACUACAUGCAUUGACAUUUUACAUAAUUCUUUCUACUGAGAGACUUUUUUGUUUGUUUGUUUGUUUGUUUGUUUGUUUUAUAUUUUAAGGUACAUUUAUGAGUAGUAGAGCAAACAUCCUCAGCAUGGGAGGUCUUCUCUUCCUGCUAUAUAUAUAUGCUCUGUUGUUGUCAAUGCAGCAGAAGCAAUUUCAAAAUACAGUUUUAUAUUUGAAGCCUGUGAUCUAAUAGAAAAGAGACUGAAACUAUACUCACAUAGUACUGCAACUUGAGGGUGUGUUUAUUUGAGUACAUUUAAAAGUACUCUUUAGCUGUACAUAGCCUAAUUUUUAACUUGCAGUCAGUAAAUAAAAUUGCCUAUGAGACAUCGUCAAAGAAGAGGCACUUGUGUGCACACUUUUAUUAAAAGUAAAAAUAAAGUAAAAUACAAAUUUUGGUUGUGAAUUGUCAAGAUGAUCAUUUUUAGGGAACUGGAAAAUUAUUUUUAAUAUGAAAUGAUUAGUAUUAACAGGACUGAUAUCACAGCAACAGGACAUAACUGUUGAGGAAUCGGGGACCUCUCAGACAGAAAUAUGUCAAUGCAAACAAGUCAUGGAAGAAUAUAAGAAUAUAACAACACAGUUGUGCUGUGCACCCCCUUCUCUUAAACAUUGCGCAUGACAAACCAAGCAUAUUUAUUUAGUAUUUAAGUAUUCAAAACUUGAAAUACCUUUGGAUGAUGCAGUUAUCUGUUGUCCCUAUCAUAAUCUCCUCAGUAUUACAAAAGUCUUACUAUAAUACAUACAUAUUCUAACAGUUUAUUUUCACUCAGCGUUGUUUUACCACCAAAAAUAAGAGCAGAAACAAAAGAUAGGUGAGAAGUGGCAGCACAGCAUGCUCGUUGCCAGAAUUGAAAGUGAGAAAAUAUAAAACAUUAUGGUCAGUGGAUUUCCGUAAUUGCUGUAGCUGGGCAUGCAACCACUUAUAUCUGACACCACCAUGCUGUACUGCCACCAGGUACCUGUACCACCACACCACACAGCCCACUACAUCACCUGUCUACUACGAAGGCCUCAAAAGCCCAAACCCCUUGCAGCAGAGCCUCAGAGCUGCAUAGAGUCAGCACAAAAUUACAGACCAGUGGAGCAUAUAUAGCUGACAAUACAAAUCAAAAUACACAUGCCAAAACUAACCAGGUACAAUAUGUUUAAGUUGGUUAAUAAUUAGCAAACAAUUAGAACAACUUAAUUGUUCAGAGAGGAUUAAAUUCACUAUAAUUCCCUUAAUAUUUGAGGCUGUUGCCACCUCAGAAAGCCAGCAACCUUGAUUUUUUUUUAUCAAGCCCUACUGCUGCUCCUUUUUUUAUUUCCCGCAUUCGAGUUUUUUUGUUUGAUUGUUGUUUUUUUGCUUUUUUUCUUUACCACUAAUGUUAACCUCAUGACCCUCGUAAUGCCUCUAAUUAAUCUCUGACUUCACAGCAUUGUAAUUAACAGUAGCUUCCUUCACACAUAAGGUUUUGGUGGGAUAAUCUAUGGCCUUCGAGUCCAAAACUCAUGCCAAAUCUGACCAACCUUGUUUGUUUGGUAAAAAAGAGAUGUACUGCAGAUUUGAACAUGAAGUUCAUGCCCAAUAAAUUAUUACUUAAAUAAAGUAGUGAAGUAGCUCAUGAAACAAUUUGAUCCAAUGUUAUUCAAGAAAAACUAGUCAAUUAAAAAAAAUUAAAAAAUCAGAUUUGGCAUUUCCUAAUACAUGAGUACAGGACUGUUGUACAUGUAACACUGGCAGUUAUGGAAUAAAUGGUCAUUUAUGAAACGUUAGGUCAUAUAACUUUUCCACAGAUUUAUUCUAUUUCAGAGUUUACUCUGUGAAAUUUGAUCUAGAUGUCCAUAAGUGUUUGUUCAUGUUUUUCCUGUUGACCUGUUAACUUUCUUUCUUUCUUUCUUUCUUUUUUAUCCAAUCUUUUCAGGUUCAACCAUGUAGUGAAUAGGGAAACUGGCCAGAUUUAAAACAGCACCCAUAUGUUCCAUAUUGUGACUAGUUAUAGCCUAAUACUCUGAUCAGUAUAAUUUCACUGAUCAGUAUAAUGGUGUCCUUCCACUUUCAUCAUAACCAUCACACUAUUUAGGUAGUAAAAAUUGCAGCAUAGCAAACAGAAUUCCUAACUGCCAUGUUUCACUCUAAAUGUGUACAUCGCCCAGCUUUAUUUUGAUAGAAAAUGUAAUCAGAUGUUGUGUAGUGUGAGCACUGUUACGAUCCAAUAUAUGUGUAAAUGCCUGUUGCCUAUUUUGAGUAGGAAGCAGUUUGCUUAAAGUUGACCUGUGACAUGUUUUACCAGCAGUGUAGGAUAGUUGCUCAGUAUUCAUACUGUAGUGCUGCAGGCUGUGUGAGUGAUUGGCUUCACUGUGUCCGACAGUAUGUGAGCUGUCACUGAAAGACCCCAUUUCCACCUGGCCAUUUGAUGUGUAGUGUAUAAGGAUUGUAUCCUUGCUCACACAGCUUUUUUACUUCGUAGCAAAUAAACAAAUCAUAGAUAUGACACAAAACAAUUUUUGUUUAAUAGAUGAACAUUCUGGCUAUGUGAAAUAUACCUCAAACAAAUGAAAUUAAAUUGUUUUAUUAAUGGCAAAUAUUUUUCCCAGAUCAAAUUGAGGAAAAAAUUAUGGAAUCAACAACAACAAAAAAUCACAAUUAGUACUUUGUUGCUCCUCCUCUGGCUUUUAUAACGGCCUGAAUUCUUUGAGGCACAGACUUCACUAAUGAGAAACAAUAUUCUCAAUCAAGCUGGUUCCAACCUUCUUGAGUAGCAGGUGACAGAUCAGCUUUGCAGGAUGGAGGCUGGUCAUGGACCAAUUGUAAAAUUUUAUUUCCACCAAAAACGUUCAAUCGGAGUGAGAUCCGGACUGUUUGAUGGCCAUGUCUUUGAGUUAAUUUGCCUUUCCUGAAGAAAAGCUUGAACACACACUGUUCUGUGGCAAGAUGCGACAUUAUCAUCCUGAAAAAUGACUAUCACAAAAAAAUAUUUUCUAUAUUAUGUAAAAAAUGUUUAUCAGACUACACUUUCAAAAAGUGCAUAAUGCCUAUGCACAUGAAGUGACCGAGUGUAAAUGGGGUCAAGAGUAUACACUGUAUUGUCCAUGUUUCCUCAAGCAGAAUCACUUCUCUGUCCAGUUGUUCCAUGUUUCCUUUUAAGUUUUAAAGUUAAGUUUCGCACAUAGAAUUUCACACACCAUUAGAGCUGUGUGCGUUCUGGUUGUCAACAUUUUCUCCAGCCUGCGAUGUCAUGCCAUUUCUGUCGUUGUGAACAUACAUCGUCAUACAGUAUGAGAUGUAAUAUGCUCACUCAUGGUACAGCCUGGUUUAAGCAAUGCAGCAUUUAACUCAAUAGAAUCAAUAGCUUACAAAUUUCCAUAAACCAUCAGUACACAAAAGUGUUGUUUUUCCAUGCAAGUAAAAAAAAACAUUGCAAUUAACUGAUUCUACUGAAUAUGUAUCAAAAAUAAAUAAGUUCAUUUUCCCCUUUUAAUAUUUUAUUACUUUAUAAGUAAUUAGAGAUCAAGACAAUAUGGUAGCCUUCCCCCUCCACCCUUUGCAGAAGACAUCUGCAUACCUGCCUGAUAUAAUUUUACUACCUCUAAAUUUACUUAAAUGUCAUUUCUAUCGCAGCACUUUGUAGCAUCAGUUGUUCCACUUUUAGCCAGUCAUUGCAAGACUUGUCUGCUUGUGUGUACUUUUUGAUAUUCUCUUGCUAUUCACCAUGUGAUGUAUAUUUAUACCAAAAGGUAAGUGCAUCAACCUACACUGUAUUUUUCUAUGAUUACAUAUUAAAUGUUUAAUUGAGCAUAGUGUUAAGAAAAUGUUUUGUACUUUUCUUAUAAUUAGUGGUAACAAGGUACUCUAAUCGCAUAAAUAUUAAACAUACAACCAAGAUAUCUGUAAUCACUGAAAAUCUGCACUUUACACAACAGAUACCCUGGUGUUGUGAUGCCAGUAUACAUGUAUACUGUAUACAUAACAUAUGUAUAAACAAAAGUGCUUUUAUAUUGUAAUAAAGCAAAGUGUGAGAAACCAAUGAUUCUUCCCCCAUUGGAUCUUCAAGCAUCAUAAUGUUCAUGGCUUUGAUAUUUUAUCGAUUCGAGAAACAGCAUAGUGAAAGUGCCACGAGAGUACUUCGACAGUCUGUGGAAGUCAAAAUUCUAGACAAAGCAAAACCACCAAAUGAGUUUUCCAUUAGUACAAACAUACUUUAAUGUACAAUUAAAUAAUUGAAAAAAAUCUGACCACAAAAAUAACUUAAAAAAAAUUACUGAAACCAGAGCAUCAAAUAUUUUUGCUCCUCCCAGCAAGCACCAAAAAGUGUUAGCAAGAGAAAAGUGGUCAAAACCUUAACAAAUCACAUGGUAUUUGUCCAGUCCACAUCUCCCCCCAAAAAAAACAAAACAAAACAAAACAAAACAACCCCCCCCCCCCCACACACACAAAAAAAAAAAAAAAAAAAAAACCCAGAACAAAAUUUCUCAGUUACUAUGGUUUGUACAGUGGAUCAUUAUGUAUAUAUUUAUAUAGACAUGUAUAUAUAAGACAUUUAAUCAAAACAUUUCUCAGCAGUCCCCAAGAGGGAUGUAUAAGGUAUGACAGUGUCAUUUCGCAUUACAUCUCUUAAAAAUUGUAAUUUAUCAGCUCCUUUUACUUCAAGUUUUUUUUUUUUCAAAAAUUAAAUAAAAUAUCUAUCUAUGUGUGUAUAUAAUUUUAUAUAUGACAAGUAUUUUUCUUAUUUUAUAAAAUAAGUCUCACGCCAUAUUGCCACUGUUCAGGUCAUGUCAUGCUAACUUUACCAGUUAAACAUGUGAAGGAGUGGGGAAAUUAAAACAGAAAAUUAGAACAGAAUUGCUUUUCAUAUUAUUUCAUUUUCACCUGUCUUUUUCUAUCUGAAAUGGACAGCAGAUGCCCUCCACAGUGUUUGUGUGCAACAUAAAGACAGAGAGAACCAGCAGUGCCUUGUUACUACACACCAAUCAUUUUCUUUUUAUAAAAAAAAACAAACAAACAAAAAAACAAACAAACAAAAAACCCACAACUCAAUUUUAGUAUACAUAUAAACCUGCUUGUGUUGGUCUGAAACAUCCCACCCAUGAAAACUCCCUUGAGUUUAAAUCAGAAGGAAACAAAUAGAAAAUUCUAUGACUUGACUGUCCAGUUCAAUUUAUUUCAAUUUUAUUUAAUAAAAAAAAAUUAUAAUGAUAAAAAAAAAGGAUUUAAGUCCAGAAUAUCUUUACACAGUAGGAAAAAGAUGAUUGAAAUCCCAAAGUUCUGAGCAUCAAAAGAAGUCAGGAAAACAGUUCCUUCCUGGACAGAGAGGAGAGAGGACAGAGUCCAUGAGAUGGCAAAAAAAACAAAAACAUUAAGAUUGCUUCCUUGAGAACUCAAAAAUUCCCUCAUCAGCGUUUAAACUUCAUGGUAGAAAUUACUGCACUGUGUCCAAUGAUUAUAUUAUAUGUAGUGUCAGCAGUUCUAGUACCAUUCCAAUUAUAAAAAGACAGAAUGAAAGAUUGAAGUACACAUUCAAAGGACAGGGACUACAGUAGUGAGAAAAUCGUGACAUGCAUAGGACAGUAUGCAAGCAAGCAUCCCAUGCAAUCUGCCAUCAGAGGGGGGGAGAAAAGGAAAUGAAGAAAAAAAAGAAGAAAAAAAAAAGGGG